AUGGCUGCUUAUGGCACGAUACGCGACAAAUCACUCUCGGGGGCAGUUAAGGCGCUUUCGGCUGUACCGAAAUGCGCGCACCCCGCUGUACGGUUGGCAGUCCCGACUUACAGCGGAUACGGUGACCUGCUCAGUGCCAGGGAUUAUUGUGACUCCCUGGUACGCUACCAGGUGGCAAAUUGUUUGGAGGAUCAGGAGGUGCUAGAACGCGUCGUUCCCGUAGCACUUACUGACACGGCGGCUAGGUGGUACCGGCUUUCCGGAUACCGUGCAACAACCCUCGAGGAGUUCCGCGUGGCAUUCCUGCGCGAAUUCCUACCCGCUGACUACCAGAGUAGGAUGCGGCGAGAGCUUGAGCUACGUACACAAGCUCCUGACGAGUCGCUUCAGGAGUACGUACGCGCGAUGCAAGACCUGUUCUUAGUCGCCGAGCCCAAAGCUUCGAACGAGGAACGCGUCGAACGGGUGAUCAGGCAGGCACACCCGACCUUUUCGGCGUACCUGCGCGGCGGCCGCUUCCGAGAUUUAGAAUUGGCCGCCGAGGCAAAGCGCAUUCAAGGCGACAUUCUCGCCGCGCGAGCCUAUCGCCCACCGCCGCCCGCCAGCGAGGCCCUUGAGCCACGCUGCGCGUGGGGAGGGCCUGUGCCUCUCCCCCAACGGCAACAACCCGGCCAAGCGGCCUUUGCGGCUACAAGCGGGUGUGCAUGGGAGCUGAGCGCGCGCGCUCUAGAUCCCUACACGUACGGGAGGCGGGCAGCCUGUGCUGCACCACCGCCCGAAAUGCAUGCGCAGGGACGCACUUCGACCCAACGCAUCGCAGAUGCGGACGCUCGUGACAACAGGCCCUUUGGUCAUGCAGCGAGUCGACCCCGGCAGGGAGCUGAGGCCGCUCCGCCUCGGGAAAGAUGGGGCGUCGGAAACGUGCCGCGCGCCGAGUUCGGGGGCAAGCCCUCGAGCUGUGCGCUCGCCUGCUAA